AUGAAUAUAUUCUUCUGGAAUGUACGAGGUAUUGGUAAUGUUGAUACCCGUAUUACUUUACGGAAUUUAUUUUUAACUCAUAGGCCUUUGCUCCUGUUUAUUGCGGAACCAAUGAUUGAUAUUUCCCAAAUCCCGGCUUGGUAUUGGCAUAGUAUUGGUGUUCUAAAAUUCUGUGUUAAUGAUAGAGGCUCUCUGCUUCCUACUCUUUGGGUGCUUUGGGGAAGAGACAUCAGCCCUUCCAUCAUUUUUGUUUCCUCCCAAUGUAUUGUCUUGGAAAUUUUAUUUCAGCAAGUUAAUGUUUAUGUUGCCGGAAUCUAUGCAAGCACAUCUUAUUUGUCUCGCCGUCAUCUUUGGGCUGACCUCACGCGUCUUAUUGGUAUGUAUCACCGCCCCUGGCUUUUUGUGGGGGAUUUUAAUGCUGUUUUAGGGGGGCAUGAGAAGCGGGGUCGUCGGCCUCCUCCUUCGUUAUCUUGUUCGGACUUUCUUCAAUGGUCGAAUGCCAACUUAUUAUCGCAUCUUCCUUCCUUUGGAUCUUUCUUCACUUGGUCUAAUGGGAGGCUUGGUUUAGAGAACGUCGCCCUCCGCCUGGAUAGGGCCAUUUGUAACGUUGAUUGGUUGAAUGCUUGGCAGCGCACGUCCUGUAGUUCUCUAGUUCGUCAUCACUCGGAUCAUCAUCCUCUUCUAAUCUCUGUUGACGGUCACGGUGUUAGAAAUGCAGCCCCUUUCAAAUUUUUCAAGACAUGGACCACUCAUGAGGAUUGUAGGCGCCUUGUUUUGGAGUGUUGGUCCAAACAUGUCCGUGGUAGUGGUAUGGUUCGUAUUUAA